AUGAGAAGCUGCGUUCUCAUCCGAAACGGAAUGAAGCUCGGAGAUAUAAUCAGAGUGCCAUGCGUUCUUUCAUCGUCCUUCUCAUCGCCUUCUCGGUCGCCGCCGCCGCUUUUGUUCCACCAAUGCAGGCCUCGCUCGAGUACCUGCGUCGCCACCGUCAAGGCGAUCGAGGGUGAGGCUCUCCACGAGGGAGACGUUCUCGGAAAGAAGGAAGUCAACGCCAUCUGCUUGAAGGUCGUUCCAGUCCCAGCUGCCGAACACUUGUGCGAGUCCUACGGAGACAAGGAGGUCGAUGUGAUCGUUGCCGAGCUCAAGAAGGACGUGCCACCAAAGGAUAUUUGCAAGAAGAUGAACAAAUGUUAA